AUGAAACAGGCAAAUGCAAAAGCAUCCAUCAGAAGGCUCUGUCCGAACCUAGAGAAGGAAGAUGGGUUAGAGACGGUUCUGGAAGUUCCCAUACCAGAAGAAAUGUUCGCAAGCAUGGGAAGCAACGUGGCGUUGCGAUGGCAGAACAUGUUAACGUGGAUGAAGGCUCAAACUGCAGACAAAUUGGCCUCUCCUAUAUUCGCAAAACGACUCAACGAGCUUCGCUUUCUGCUCUAUCUUGUCGGAUCCCCUCUUAUCCCUCUUCAGGUUCAGUUAGGCCAUUCCAUUCAUCGUCCAGUCAGAGAUUGUUCCAUUGAAGCAUCGACGGCCAAGUAUAUAGUGCAACAAUAUAUAGCAGCAACCGGAGGCCAGCCUGCACUAAAUGCACUGCAGAGCAUGUGCGUAACGGGGCAGAUUAAGAUUAACGCGUCAGAAUUUCAUCAAACGAGCGAUAACAUAGAAGUGAAGAAAAGCUCAGAAGAAAUUGCAGGGUUUGUGUUGUGGCAAAAGGACCCAGAUUUGUGGUGCUUAGAGAUGAUUGCUUCUGGUUGCAAGGUUUGUUGUGGCAGCAAUGGCAAGGUCUCAUGGCGUCAUUCCUCUAAUCAACAAAGCCCUAUUUCCAGAGGUCCUCCCAGACCUCUUCGCCGUUUCCUUCAGGGAUUGGAUCCAAGGGCUACGGCGAACUUGUUCUUGGGCGCAGCUUGCAUAGGAGAGAAAAUAAUAAAUGGGGAUGACUGCUUUAUACUCAAGGUGGAGACGAGUCCUGCGAUUCGCGAAGCUCAAAGUGGUCCAAACUAUGAGAUUAUUCAUCACACCAUAUGGGGAUAUUUCAGCCAGAGAUCCGGUCUGCUAGUGCAGUUCGAGGAUUCAAGACUGAUAGGGAUGAGAACCAAAGACCUGGACGACAUUUUCUGGGAAACGAGCCUAGAGUCAGUGAUUGAGGAUUAUAGAUAUGUGGAUGGUGUGAACGUCGCCCAUGGAGGCAAGACCAGAAUUACGGUUCUAAGAUAUGGCGAGCAAUCUGCUAAUCACAAGAGGGAAAUGGAGGAGAGAUGGAAGAUCGACGAGGUGGAUUUUAACAUAUGGGGUUUGAGCAUGGAAAGUUUUUUGCCUCCACCAGAUGUACGUAGUUCGUAA